UUGCUUGGGAUACUGUACCAUGACCGAUGCCGUCGCGACCAAAUUGAAUGAACUCGUGAUCGACGCAGAUGUCGGGGAUGAAGGCGAAGAUAUCACGCUGGACUUGCCGGCGGCAGUGUUGACCCGCGUGAACCACCUCAAGGCAUUGCAAGAGCAACAUGGGGUCCUCGAAGCUGAGUUCGAAAAGGAACGACGCUUGUUGGAACUCAAGUACGAAAAGCUGUAUCAACCCUUGUAUUCCGAGCGCGCCCUGGUGGUGUCUGGGGACAAGGAGGUCGCGACAGCCGAAGACAAGGCCGCGGAAACCGAAGAAACCAAGACGGUGGGCAUCCCCCAGUUCUGGAUGAAGGCGUUCUUGAACCACCCUGAAACCGAGCAAUUGAUCACGGACCGCGACAUGCCGGCGUUGGAAUUCCUCAAGGACGUCAAGUCUGAGUCGUCCACGGAAAACAAUGGAUUCCGCUUGGAAUUCACGUUUGCCCCGAACCCGUUCUUCGAGAACACGGUGUUGACCAAGGCGUACGACGUCGCGGAAGGCCCCGACGGCGACGCGUUGCUGAAGAACAUUCAAGGCACCGAGAUCAAGUGGCUCGAAGGCAAGAACUUGACGGAAAAGAAGAAGAAGAUCAAGCAAAAGGCCAAGAACGGUGGCCAAACGCGCUUCAUCACCAAGGUCGAGCCGUGCGACUCGUUCUUCCAGUUGUUUUCGACCGUGGACAUUCCCGCAGAGGACGACGAGGAAGAGAACGAAGACGUCAUGCGCCAAUUGGACGCCGAUUUCCAGAUUGGGUUCACCAUCCACGAAACCAUUGUGCCCCAAGCGGUGCUGUGGUUCACGGGCGAAGCGCAACUGGACGAUUCGGACUACGAAGACGACGAUGACGACGAGUACGAUGACGAAGAAGAAGACGAAGACAGCGACGACGACGACGCGCCGAGAAAGAAGGGCGGCAAGAAGCCCUUCCCUGCCUUGGAAGGGGCCGCUGGCGCCGAUUCGACGGAAAAACCCCCCGAGUGCAAGAACCAAUAAGCAGUGUCAUGUUGGUUCGAGUGUAGCCGUCGUCACUCGUUGUAGCGACCGCAGGCUCUCUUUUUAUCUAUCUCCUAAUUUCGAGUUUGUAUACGGUCUCCAUGUUGUAAAGCUGCUGUUGCUCCCGUCCUUGCGAGUAUUAGCCCUAUAUAGGACCGGAAAAGUCAAACGUCAAGUAUUAAUACAAACUGCU